AUGCAAUGGCGUUGUGGCGUUUCUGUCCCGUUCAUAUGGCACGAAGAAAACCACGAAAGCCUGGUCCCGCUGCGGAAGAAAAGAGACCAUCCGCUUCUGCGUCUCCUGAACUGGGUUACCAGAGUGACACAAACGGAUGAUCCCGGCGAUGUUACCUCAGCAAAACAUCCAAUAACACCUAAAAAGAGAGGAGUUCGAAUCACUGUCACCGCAGAUGAGACUAACAUUAUCGCAUACUUAGAGUAA